GGGCAUGCAAAGUGGAUUUACCAUCAAUACCCUUCUUCAUCAAAGGAAGUGGACUUGGGGAGAUUGAAUGUGGUUGACACACUGCAAUCAGUGACACUUGAUCACAUGCAAAAAUAUGCACACCAUGCAAGAUGCUUCAUGGACGCUUAUCACAUGGGGUUGACAGGAAGGAAAACAGCAUGGGCGAGCAAGAAAUACUGA